UCUCUCUCUCUCUCUCUCUCAUUGCUAUAAAAUCCCUACGAGAAAAACCCACCCAAAGAUCCCUUCCUUUCUCCUCUACCUCUGCUAAGCCCCUCUCUCUCCCUCUCUCUCUCUCUCCUUCUUCUCCUACUUCUCCGGCGAUCGGAGCGGCGGCGCAUGGCGGCGGCGGCGGCGGCGGCGGCGAUGUGGCGGCCUCAGGAGGAGGGGCUCGCGGAGCAGCACAUCUCCCCCAGCUCCGAUCAGCCCCGGAUUUGGCAGCAGCUCCAGCACUAUAGCCAGUUCCCCGACUUCAACAACUACCUCGCCUUCAUCCUCGCCCACGCCGAGGGCAAAUCGGUGGAAGUAAGGCAGGCUGCUGGUCUGCUAUUGAAAAACAAUCUCCGGGCGACUUUUAAUUCUUUGCCGCCUCCAUCUCAGCAAUAUAUUAAGUCUGAGCUAUUGCCUUGUUUAGGGGCAACUGACCGGACCAUCAGAUCUACAGUUGGAACAGUUAUUAGUGUUCUUUUUCAAUUAGGGAGAGUUGUUGGUUGGCCUGAGUUGUUGCAAGCUCUUGUUCAAUGCCUGGAUAGUAAUGAUUUGAAUCACAUGGAAGGUGCUAUGGAUGCUAUAUACAAGAUUUGUGAGGAUGUUCCAGAAGAACUGGAUGUUGAUGUUCCUGGAUUGUCGGAACGCCCUAUCAACAUUUUCAUGCCAAGAUUUUUGCAGCUUUUCCAGUCUCCGCAUGCCGUUCUUAGAAAACUAGCCCUAGGUUGUAUCAAUCAGUACAUUGUCGUGAUGCCCAUGGCUUUGUAUAUGUCUAUGGAUCAGUACCUUCAGGGUUUAUUUCAUCUUGCUAAGGACCCAGCUGCAGAAGUGCGGAAGUUGGUUUGUUCUGCAUGGGUUCAGCUGACUGAAGUUCGGCCAACAAUUUUGGAGCCACAUCUGAGAAAUGUAAUUGAAUUCAUCUUGCAAGCUAACGAGGACACUGAUGAAGAGGUAGCUCUUGAGGCUUGUGAAUUUUGGUCUGCCUAUUGUGAUGCUAAUUUGCCUUCUGACGGCUUGCAAGAGUUCCUGCCACGCUUGAUUCCAAUUUUGUUAUCAAAUAUGGUCUACGCUGAUGAUGAUGAGUCACUGGUUGAUACUGAGGAAGAUGAGUCCUUUCCAGAUAGGGACCAGGAUUUGAAGCCUCGCUUUCAUUCAUCACGAUUUCAUGGAUCCGAAAGUGGAGAAGACGAUGAUGAUGACAUUGUAAAUGUCUGGAAUUUGCGGAAAUGUAGUGCGGCUGGUCUUGAUAUGCUUUCAAAUGUAUUUGGUGAUGACAUUCUUCCAACAUUGAUGCCUUUAAUUCAGCAAAAACUGUCCAGUACUGGUGAUGCUGCUUGGAAAGAAAGGGAAGCUGCUGUUUUAGCUAUUGGUGCUAUAGCUGAGGGAUGCAUUAAUGGACUUUAUGACCACCUUCCUGGGAUUGUUGAUUUUCUAAUACGACUUCUGGAAGAUAAAUUUCCUCUUAUACGAAGUAUUACUUGUUGGACACUUUCACGAUAUAGCAAGUUUAUUGUUCAGUGCAUUGUCCAUCAGAAUGGUCGUGAACAAUUUGAUAAAAUUCUUAUGGGAUUACUCAGAAGGAUAUUGGAUAGCAAUAAGCGAGUGCAGGAGGCUGCCUGCUCAGCAUUUGCAACCCUUGAAGAGGAGGCUGCUGAGGAACUGAUCCCACGCUUGGAAAUUGUUCUACAACACCUUUUAUGUGCUUAUGGGAAAUAUCAGAGGCGGAGCCUCCGAAUCCUCUAUGAUGCUAUUGGUACACUAGCUGAUGCUGUAGGAGCAGAAUUAAAUCAGCCGAAAUAUUUGGAGAUUUUGAUGCCACCAUUAAUAGCGAAGUGGCGGCAACUUUCAAACUCUGACAAAGAUCUAUUUCCAUUGCUUGAGUGCUUUACUUCGAUUGCACAGGCUUUGGGACCAGGCUUUUCUCAAUUUGCAGAACCAGUAUUUCAGAGAUGCAUUAAUCUUAUCCAGACCCAGCAAUUGGCGAAGGUUGAUCAAGCUGCAGCUGGCGUUCUAUAUGAGAAGGAGUUCAUUGUAUGCUCAUUGGACUUACUGUCAGGGCUUGCAGAAGGCCUUGGUAGUGGUAUCGAAAGCCUGGUCGCUCAAAGCAAUUUGAGGGAUCUACUUUUACAGUGCUGCAUGGAUGAUGCUGCUGAUAUUCGCCAAAGUGCCCUUGCACUUCUUGGGGACCUCGCAAAAGUUUGUCCGGUACAUUUGCAUCCUCGCCUAGAGGAUUUUCUAAAUGUCGCAGUCAACCAACUGAGUCCUGCUGGUGUGAAGGAGGCUGUGUCGGUAGCAAAUAAUGCUUGCUGGGCUAUUGGAGAACUGGCGAUCAAGGUUCGCCAAGAAAUCUCCCCUGUAGCAUUGACGGUCAUUUCAUUGUUGGUUCUAAUUUUGCAAAAUCCAGAGGGUCUCAACAAGUCACUUAUCGAAAAUAGUGCCAUCACUCUUGGGAGGCUUGGCUGGGUCUGUCCGGAAAUUGUAGCACCACAUAUGGAACACUUUGUGCAGCCUUGGUGUAAUGCUCUUUGCAUGAUACGAGACGAUUACGAGAAAGAGGAUGCUUUCCGUGGUCUUUGUGCAAUGAUCAGAGCAAAUCCAAAGGGAGCCAUGACAUCACUUGCUUUCAUCUGCAAAGCCACUGCAAGUUGGCAGGAAAUAAGAAGUGAGGAUCUACACAACGAAGUAUGCCAGGUUUUGAAUGGGUAUAAACAGAUGCUCGGAGUUGGUGCAUGGGAGCAAUUCUUGUCAACAUUGGAGCCUCCUUUGGUCAAAAAACUAUCAAUGUAUGCAGUAUAACAACGAUUUACACAAGAAGAUCUUUUUAUACUCAAGACUUUCGCCACUUUCUGCCGAUCAAUGGCGAGCAGAUCUCAUCCGAGCGUGUGGGUUGUGGAGCGUUACGAGUCAAAACACGUGUUCCCGAUUUGUGUGAUUUGUAUCCUAUGCAGUGUUUUACGAAAUGGUUCUAUACUGGGCAGGCAUAGGGCAGGUCUAAGUUGUGUUUUAUAACGGUUCGAGAGGUUUUUCUCAGAGAAAUCAAGAGCACUCCCAAAGACUAUACUCUGGUUCUCUUCGGGGCGGUUUUAUGUCGGAAAAGUCAUGAUUUGUAUUGGUUCAGUGGGCUUGGUUUUUUGGUCUUUAUUUCCACUGAUUCGACUGCAGGAGCAUUCAUUUGAUGUGUGAAAGGCUUUUUCUAGCGCAACUCUAUCGGCACUUAUGGUGUAUCAAUUGUAUUUAUUUUUGCUUUUUUUUUUUACUUAAUUUUUCAUAAUGAGGUGGUUGAUGUAACUUUUUAGAAGGGAAAAAUACUAUUUCAUUGGUUUCUACUGGGGAUCUUAUAAGUGAUAUUUCGCUUCAAGUGUUUCUUUUUAUUGUUUUGUGUGAAAUAUGCAAUCCCUUGUGAAGAACCUUUGAAACCCACACUGCACAGAAGAAUGAAACUUUUUAAUGUAAAAGGCUUUAUGUUUUCCUGUUUUUGUAA